AUUCGAAUACCUUUGACUAUUAUCCCAACAAUUUAACUGUCCGAGAUAAUGGGAAAACUAUGGGAAGAAGUGAAAGUAAACAAGAAGUUUGAGUGUUACAAAUUUGUUAAUGCUAGCUGUACUUAGUGAACAAUUUGGUCAAUUUCUUCCCUUUUCCCAAUGAUGUGAAGUUUUGAUGAGCUUUAAGAUCUCACCAAUAUGACAUCACUUCUCCUUAGAUCUCAAACAAAAGAUGUCUUCUGUAAAUUAUGUUGUGUGAGAGUUUCUAGAUAUAAAACAACCCAGGCUAUCAGAGAGGAACCGAAACAUGCAUCCCAUACUGAGGCAACUCUCUAUGUACAUUGGCCUUAUUGUGCCAGAAGAUGUACUUAUUGUAACUUUAAUAAAUACAUUAGUAAGUCUGUUGAGCAUUCAAGGAUGGCAGACUGUUUGAAGAAGGAGACAAGCACCUUGUUACAACUAAGUGGAGUUUCUCAAAUCAAAUCCAUCUUCUUUGGUGGAGGUACACCUAGUUUAGCUUUACCCAGUACAAUUGAAAAGGUGAUUGGUACAGUAAAAGGACAUGUGACCUUUUCAGAGAGGUCAGAGGUCACCAUGGAAGCUAAUCCAACACAUUUAGAGACAGGUAAACUCAGAGAUUUUCACGAGGCAGGUGUGAACAGAUUAUCUAUAGGUAUUCAGGCAUUAAACAGUGAAGAUUUAAAGAUAUUAGGCAGAGAUCAUUCAGUGACAGAAGCAUUAAAGUGUGUAGAAGAGGCUAAAUAUAUAUUUCCUGGGAGGGUGUCCGUGGAUUUGAUAUUUGGUAGACCUGGACAGACUGUUGAGGCAUGGAGGAAAGAACUACAAGAGGUGACAGGUAUGGGUGUGAACCAUGUAUCCCUGUAUCAGUUGACACUAGAGCGCGGCACUCAACUCUUCAAGUGGGUGGAGAGUGGUCAGAUCUCACUACCUGAUAAUGAGACUAUGGCAGACAUGUAUAUAGCAGCUGUGGAGAUACUUCAAGAACAUGGAUUAGAUAGAUAUGAAGUCUCCAACUUUUCUAAAAAGGGCUCAGAGAGUGAACAUAAUCAGGCCUACUGGCAAGGCUCACAGUAUAUAGGUGUUGGCCCAGGUGCUCAUGGCAGAUUUAUACCAACAAAUGUGAACCAGUCUGAAGGUGAUGAACUUGUUAGAGAGGCUAGGAUACAAACACUGGAACCAGACAACUGGAUGUUUGAGGUGGAGAAAUAUGGACAUGCAACCAGAAAAAUUGUGAAAUUAUCUGUUAAAAAUAGACUGGAGGAACUUAUAUGUUUAGGGUUAAGAACCAGAGGAGGCAUUGCAAAUCAGACAUGGGAAAACCUAGCAGGAAAGAGUUUACUACAAAGUUUUGGUUCCUCUGAAAGAUGUGCUCAGUUAAUCGAAGAUGGACUCCUUUAUUUAGAUCACAGUGGAAUAAGAGCAACAUGUAAAGGGAUAAUAAUUCUUGACUCUAUUAUACCUCACCUGUUAUAUACAUUGGAUCAAGAGUGGAAACAAGAAGGUGUCACAUGACCCAUUAGCACAAAUAAACUGAAUACAUUAUAUAUG